AUUGGAGCCUUGUGCCAUUGUUUGUUUGGACAACGCGUCGUGUGCCUUUUAGUGUUUACCAAGCAUGCCAAAGUUGGACUGCAAACCGCAAGGAACGCUGCAUGGUGGUGGUUGCUUUAGAGCCAGACCAUUCCUUCCUGCUAAGCUAUCUAGGAACACUAAAGCGCGUGCUUCCGUUAGGAAACCCGCAGAAGCUCCGGUCCCAGACCAGUCAUUUGGGCUUGUGGCGAGGAAUGCGGAGCUCUUUCGCGGGUUGCCGCUGUAUGCUGGAGGCCUUGGAGUCGCGUCCUUACUAUUAAAUCGAACACUUUCAGGAAUUGCGCCUAUCGUCGACGCCAGCAGCAGUCAAAGCCGCGCAGACGUCCUUGGAAUUGUUCUAUCGGCCGUGCUGCUGCUGACCGGGCUUCAAUGGCUAUCGCUCAAACCCAAAACGUUAGAUGUGGUCGAACUGGAUGGGACAGUAAUCGAUUAUGUCGAUCCGGGACUGAAACCGAACACGGCGCUGGUCCGUGAAUUCCGUUGGGUGCGAGAUGCCAUGUUCAAGGCGACGCGCUGCAAGUCGCUGGUCCUUAUUUACAAGGGGCGUAACCUUUUCCACUUCGGCUAUAGCCUACGCGGCCAUAAACCCGGCGAGGCAACCGCCGGCGACAUAUGCAACCAGGCCAUGCGUGAGGGCCAGGGCACCUACCUGCCCAACCUGCCCCUCUACCCCGGCCGCCCCGAGUUCACAGCCUUCCUACCGGCCUCCACGGCGGGGGUGGCGCUGCAGCCGCUGGGGCCGCACGGCGUGCUGGUGGCGGGUACGGACACGGUGCGGGGCUUCAGCAGCCUGGACCAGGCGUGGUUGGCGGCGCUGGCGGACAAGCUGGAGGUGGAGCUGGG